AUGGCCGCUCACGCGCUCCCCCCCGCGCGCGCGCUCGCCUCGCGCGCGUCCGUCCCUCGCCCGUCCCUCGCGCGUCGCGUCUCCGCGGCGCGAACGCCGUCGACGCGCGUCAAGAGCGGCGACGACGCGUCGUCCUCAAAUUCCGCGUCCGCCUCCUCGUCAACAUCGUCCGACGCGAGAGGAGGUUCUUCGCUCCACCACGGCCGCGUCCCGUGGUCCGCGGAGGCGUGCGCGAUCUUCUGGGACCUCGACAACGUGCGCGCGCCCAAGGGCAUGGAGCUCAUCUGGGCGUACCGGCUCAUCGAGGCCGCGUUCGAGUUCGCGGACAUCGCGCACCUUCGCGCGUACGCGCGCGAGGGCACGAUCGACGAGGAGACGCGCGCUGAUCUGGAAGAGAUCGGCGUGACGGUCACCGUCUGCCCGAAGAUAAGCGAGGGCUCGGACGUCGUCCUGAGCACGGACUGCAUCAACUUCGUGCGCUCGGGCGGCAUCCUCGACGCGUCGGACGACGACGACAACGAGGCGGCGCGCGCCGUCGCCAACGCCGGCUCCGUCGGCGUCGUCGUCGUCACGCGCGACGAGGGCAUGCGCGGGUGCGUCGAGUUCGCCAAAGCGCAGCGAGGGCUCUGCGCGGGCGUCACCGUGUGCGGGGACUUCUUGUCGAAGUCGAUGCACCGGCCGCAGUACGCCAACUUGCUGAGCUCGGACGGCGACGUCGGCGUCACGGAGGGGUACUGGACGCUCGCCAACGCGAUCGCGAAAAAGUCCAACAAGGGUCUCACCGGGAGAGGCAAGCUGGCGUCGUCCGCGGACUGCGCGCUGAUGUGGGAUUCGUCCAGGCUGUUCUCCAUGCCCGGCGUCGGCGCGGGGGAUAACUGGGCCGGGGACAUCCCGGACGACAUCCCGGAGCUGUCGCUGGACGACGACGAGGCGUUGGGGUUGACGGAGGAGGACGGGUUAUUCGAGGAAGGGGACUGGGACCAACCGUGGACGGAGUUGGAUCCCAACGACGCGAUCGUCGCCGCGCCGGGCGGGGUCGCCGCGAUGUGGAUCGACGGGAAGCUAUUUCGGUGGCCGCCGGGGACGCGGGAGGACGACUUCACGAUCGAGAUCCCGGAUUACUCGUGA